UUUUACGGUUAAACAGAACUGUGCAAUUCAAACACAUUCUCUUGACCGCAGCCGACUGCCGCGCUGAACCGAACCAAUCAUCCGCCAAAUGCCCAUACUCUACUACCCAAUCACACACACACACGCGCCCCCACUCCCCGCUCACCCCCACCAUCCGAUCGCCCACGCCCCGCGGGCACCGUACGGCGCCCAACGCGGCCCGCUCCCCGGCACCAGCCGCGAAGCUCCCUGCUGCCGGAACGGCCAAUAAAUAGGACGAUUGCACACGCCCGCAUCGCCACCACCACGCGCACGCGCACACGCACACGGCCACCAUUAGUUUUCUAGGAGUAGCAUACACUCCGAGCUAAGCAAGCCGUCAUGGCCGCGGCGGGCAAGUCCAAGGAGGCGGACGCGGCGCGGUGCAGGAGGCACCCGAGCCACCGGCACGCGGCGGGCGUGUGCCCCUUCUGCCUCAGCGACCGCCUCUCGCGCAUCUCCGCCGCCAACGACGCCUCCGGGUCGUCGGCGGCGUCCUCGCCGCGCUCGUCCGGGGACGCGAGCGUCGCGUCGGCCCAGACGGCGCCGCCGCCCUGCCGCGAGGCCCGGCGGGCGAGGCUCGGCAUGCUGAUGCGGCAGGACCAGCCGGGGGCGGCCGCGGGCGGCCGCCACGGCAAGCAGGAGGCGGCGGAGGCGGAGGAGGAGAAGAAGAAGCCGGCGAAGAGGGGCAACUUCUGGACCCGGCUGCAGCAGGCGAGCUGGUACAGGAGGGACGGCUGCUCGGUGGCGCACUCCAAGGCGGCGGCCGGGAAGAAGGGGGGCGCCGCCGCGCCGCCGCACAAGCGGGCGGCGUCGCUGUUCUGAAGCCCCGGCGGGCAGGAGGCCGCGCGGCCGGUCAGUUGAGCGACAUUGGCCCGGUUGGUUGGUUGGUCGGAUGGAUUCCGGGUCGUGUGUGUGCUGUUCCAAACUCCAUAGCCUACGUGGCCGGAUGGAUGGAUGGAUCACCUGCUCGUCUGGCUGGCUGGCUGGCGUCUUCCUCGCUGUUUCUUUCUCUCGGGUUUGUGCCCUGUGGCUGUGGGUUUGGUGCGCGGUUGUUGGAAGGGUACUGGUAGCCGUGUUGGAUUGGAUGGAAGGACAGCCUAAUGGCUUGUCCAUUUUUGUACAGAUCGGUCUCCAAUGAAAGAGCUUGCGUUCGACUC